UCUCCGCAAAUGCCAGAGUGAGAACUCCCAACCUUUACUGGUUCUCUGUGAUCCAAACCUGGAGCCCUGCACCAAAGAGGUCUUAUCUCAGAUUGUGACUGUGUAUAGGUCCGAGGUGGCAGAUUUGGAAUCAACGUCCAGUGUUGUAGAGAAUUCCUCUUACAACUCCUUUGAAGUCUGUGACUUUUUGGAUGGUAUCAUGUCUUACCUAGAAGACCUGCCCGUGUCCAGUUCCUCAUCAUUGGAAGGAGUAAGUGUUACUCCAGCCUCAGUCAUUGAGCAGCUUUCGAGUGAAGUGUUUCAGAAGAAGGCAACCAACAAAGUCAGAAAAAUACUGAUCAAAUCUGUCAAUCUCUUCCCCGGCGAAGUCGGUUCAAGCCAGACAGAUUCUCAUAUGUCGCCAGCAUUAUCCACCAUUUCCUCAAAGCAUACAGAUUCAGUUGCUAUUGAAAUUAUUGGAUCAAUUGCAAAUGAUAUGAAGAGCAUUUGUCCUGCUCACAGAGUCUCCUACUACUCUAUGGCAGGCAGACUCUAUGCUUCAACUCAGUGAUGAGAAACCCUCAGAAGCCACGAAUGCUGCAGCUGUAAGCCCCCAGACUGGUGUGGAAGUAUCUGAGAAGAAAAUCUGGAUAACUGCAAAGACUAUUUACCACAAUGUGAGGGCAAAUAUGAGGAACUAUUUCUCAUUGCAAAGACAAGCCAAAGCAACGAAGGCUCAAGCCAAAAAGACCCUCAGCCAUAUUCUGGUUUCCAUUCAGAAAGAACUGUCAAAAUCUGACCAAAUGGUGGCUGCAGGACAGCUUUCACAAAUAGAUAAAGUGGUUGGAACUAUGCUGGAGAACAUUGAGAAGAUAAGCAGCGAAUGUGGCGAGGAAUUGGUCUAUCAAGAGUCACUGCGGUCUUCCUCCUCGUUGUCAUUCUCAACUGCCAAAUCACAGAAGACAGAGUGGGAAUUUGCACUCCCUGGCACUCCCAUUCCUUCUGAGUUACCUGAGAGUCCUGCUCAGCCCAUUGUAAGAUGCUCAGUCAUUGACAUGAGCGAAUCUACUAAGCCAAAAACAAUGGUGUGUGAUGCAAGAACAAGAAUGUUUGCCAUAGCCGAUACUAUCAUGAAGAAGGUAUAUCCAGAGGCAGAAGGGCAGGUUACAUCUCACUCUGAUCUAACAGAUGCAAUAGCUAGACUGGAGGAGCUCAUAUCUCAGGGUAGGAUUGGUGCUCUCUCCCGUGAUCUCAGCCACCAAGUCAACCGCAUCAUUUCUGAUAGCAACUUGACCCCUCUGGGACUGACAGUGGCGGCUGGAAAGAGUGCAUCUGAUACCAUCCUUUCGAAGCUGAAGAGGAAUGACAAGGUGGGGAAGCCCACUUACGAGCUGGUUCAGCUGUUUGUAGAGGAGUCUGUUAAGUGCCUCCUGCUUCCUAGUUUUGUGCCCUAUUCAACUUCAAUGACUUUGGUUCAGGGGGCCAAGGUGUUGGCUAGAUAGAUAGAUAGAAUUUCAUGCUCUUCUUCUUCAUCAGUAUUUAGUGACACAGUCAGUCUCUUUACCAAAGUUAUGGUAAGCCAGGUCAUGUACUCUGUGGAUUCUGAUGCAGAAAGUAGAGGAUCCUCUCCAACUGAAUCUCUCCAAAGAUCUGAAACCACUAUAUCUGAUGUAGGCAAUCUAUUGAGUGGCAAGUCCUCCCCUCGGCUGUCUCCUUCUGGCGUCAUUAUGGCAACAAGCGAGACCUCCAAUGCAGCACAAAUCUUAAAGGCCAACAUUGAUGGAGAGGAAGUGGAUACCACCAGUCAUUCUGGUGUAGCUCAAAACAUUGUCAGGGACGAUAUGUCAACCAGCCCAGACAUGGUCAAAGAUGUCCCACUUCCAACCCCAUCCUCUGAUAACUUGGGCAGUGAUGAUGACUUCACCGGCCUCAUCAGCAUGUUAGUAAUGAGAAUUCUAACAAAAAUCCAAACCCUAUCCAGCCUAUCCAGAGAACUUGAGGAUUCAUAACGUCUACAGAGCCGUCUAUAAAAAUCUGUUGGGGGAGUUUGGCUCUGAGAAAAUCCUCCAACAGGCCGUGUCGACUCAGGACUCUUCAUUUGAUAGGAUUCUUGUCAAGUCUUUGAGUGAAGCGCUUCUCCACAGAUGUAAUGAGUCAUUGAGGGCAGCCUCAAGAACAUCAGUCAAAACCACCGGGCCUAAGGCUCUUCCACUGGCUGAGGAUGUGAGGGCUAGCAGGGGGAAAUGAUCUUUUCUACAAAGGCUGGUCAGGCUGACAGGCAACUUAAAGGUACAGCAAAUGUAUUUAAAUGAACAGUUGUGGGAGAUAAUGUGAGUAAACAAUGCUAUUCAGUGUAAAAAAUAUAAAACCAUCCAUUCAUUCCAAAACCAAUCAUAAAUGUUGUUGUGCUGGUGUGGUAGGUGUGAUUGUUAUCAUCAUGAGGUUGUUCAGCUGUGACAUUUCUUUAAACAUGUUUUUCUCUUUAAAUACUUAGCUAUUCAAGAAGGGGAACAAGAAGGAUUCCCACCGCUCUGAAUCAGAACAAGUACAGACCACUGCUGAAGAUGGCAUGCUGCCCAGCAUAGUGCCACAUGCUGCCAUGUCUGCACUGCCAAAGGAUCUCCCCGCCAGCUCCCAACAGGAGACGCCUCACAAACGUCCACUUCUCGUCAGGAUGUUUUCUGCCAUCUCCAAAGGCCUGUUCAAGCCCUUCAAACAGUCCUUAAAGACCAAGUAACUUAAGACAAUUUAUUAAACGUCAUUCAUUGCAUUAAA